AUGGCGGCGCGGCGCAGCCUGAGAGGGCGGGGCGCGGGUAACGGCGGCGGCGCGCGCGCGGCCGCGAUGAUCGAGCUGGGCCGCGUCUCGCUCUCGCUGAAGGCGCGCCGCCCGGCCAUUGGCGCUGAGGGGCUCAAGUUGCCUUUGGGGGACACUGGUGUGGGCAAAUCAAGUAUCGUGUGGAGAUUUGUAGAAGAUAGCUUUGAUCCCAACAUCAACCCAACCAUAGGAGCCUCAUUUAUGACCAAGACUGUACAGUAUCAGAAUGAGCUGCAUAAAUUCCUGAUUUGGGAUACAGCUGGACAGGAGCGGUUCCGUGCUUUAGCCCCCAUGUAUUACAGAGGCUCAGCAGCAGCCAUUAUAGUGUAUGACAUCACAAAAGAGGAAACAUUCUCAACAUUAAAGAACUGGGUUAAAGAGCUUCGCCAGCAUGGACCUCCCAACAUUGUUGUAGCUAUUGCAGGAAAUAAGUGUGAUCUCAAUGAUGUGAGAGAAGUCAUGGAAAAAGAUGCUAAAGACUAUGCAGAUUCCAUUCAUGCAAUAUUUGUAGAGACAAGUGCGAAAAAUGCAAUAAACAUUAAUGAACUCUUUAUAGAAAUUAGUCGCAGAAUUCCAUCGACCGACACCAACCCCCCAUCCAGCGGGAAGGGCUUCAAACUGCGGAGACAGCCAUCGGUGACGAAGCGCAGCUGCUGUUGACCGACCCCCUUAGAAAGUCAAACUUGUUCCUACAGUAGGUGGUCUUGGAAGUUCAUAGUUCACGUUGGGUUUGUAUUCUCAGUCUUAGAUCUUUAUCUGCUGGUGUUCAUACGCCCGGGGUCCCCCCCCAAAAAAAGGGACCAGCUCAUCCGACAGCCGCACGCUGGCAGACAGGACUGCAGCCGCGAUGCCGUGGGGCGUCUCUCGCGUUCAAAGGGAAUCCGUCAUCACUUUUUUUGGCCUUGCCUGACAGGAAGGUGACUUUAUGGGUGGUAGAACUGAAAGGUUUAAUAGUUUUCUAAUCAAGGUUUGAGGAGGUUUGUCUUUGUUUGUUUUUUUUUUUGUUAAAAAGGGAAAUGAGCACUUUUGUGGGACAUCAGGGUGGGAGGAGUCUGGAAGUUAGAUGUCAUUUCUUCCUUUUCUUCAGUGAGCCUUAUUUUAAAUUUAAGUGUAGCUAAUCCAAAGUGUGGUGGGACAGUGGUGUGAGAUGGCUACAGAAUAAGCAGCUGAAGAUAAAUAGUAGGUAAAUCAGUCCAUCCAGUCCCCAAAUCCCAUUUGCACUUUUUAUUUAAAGAUGAUAUGCUCUGGGGGUGGGGACACAAGCAACAGAUAUUAAACCACAGACAAUCUUUCUUUCAUGCUGACUGUAAUCACUUUAAGGCAAAAUGAUAUGCUCAUAGGCAUCUUUUUGUUCUCAAAAGUUUUUUAAUAUUAAGAUGUUGGUUGAAGAAAACCUGCCUGUAGUUCUGACUAAAUUAAGUGGUUACUGACUAAAAACAGAUGCUGUAAACAGAUGCUGCCAGUGGUUCUGAUGAGACCUACAGGUUUUUGGGGAAAGCUUUUGAUUUCUUGGCAUGUGUAAAGUGUUCAUAGUAUAUUUAUGAGACCAGUGUUUAAAGUAUUAUAAAUUAUGUAAAAAUGGUAAAAAAUAAUGCAAUCUUCUACACUCCUUCCAUUCCACACCUAUGGAUAAACCCUUGGGGACUCUCCAUCAGGUUUUUUUCCUGCAUUUUAGGUAUUGUCACUGUGAGUUCAUCCAGAGGCAGAUGAAAUUCUUUCUCUUUCAAUCACAUCUGAAAGGGCCAAUAGAGAAUGCUGUCAGUGCAGCAUGAGGACUGUCUGUUGAACAAGCUUUCAUCUGGGGUGCACCCAGUCUUUCCUAUUUUGGGCACAAAAAUACAAAUAGGAAGUAACCUUAAGACACGUGGUAACGUAGAUCGUUACCACUUGGUUCCUGGGGUUUUUCAUCUGUGAGGGGUUUUAGCAAUUCAGUGUUUAGCUUAUUCUGUAUUGGUUUUAGUAGGCUUUCAAUUAAACCAUAGGUUGACCAUACCUGUUUGUGCUAUUUUAUUUAUUUUUACUUUUUGUUUCUUACCAGCACUAGUGAGAAACUUUUAUACUUUUGAAGAAGAAGAGCUUAAUAGACUUGAGUAUAUACUAAAAUAUGCUGUUUAGCUUUAGUAUCAAAAUGAGGUCAUGUUGAUGAUGCUUAUUCUUUGUUUUUAAUCUGGUUUUCUAUCAUCUCAAGUAUUUUCUCUGAAGGAAAUGUAAGAAAGUUUGUAAGAAAGGAAAGGACUCGUAGUUCAGAUUAGUUUGUAUCCGUGACAAUUCCCGGAGAGCUGUUCUGGAGCAAAACAGGCAAACUGUUGCAGUGAGGUUCCUGAAAGGGUCAGUAUGUUUGAUGAAAUUUGGUGACUACAUUUCUGUCAUGCCUUUUGCUUACCCUGCCUGCACUGCCAAUGAUGCCUUCUUUGCCACACACCCAAAAAGUACAACUUCCUUGCAUACUCCCUGUCCUUUUGCAGUUCUGAUCCUGAAUUACUGCAGUUAAUGAAAAGAUGGAAAUAGCCAGUGUUUGAGAUUGUCUAAACUACAAACCCUGGAGGGAGGCUGCUCUUUAACUCUUGCCUGUUUAAACUGACAGACGGUUGAUGUAAGUUCUGAGUCAAGAGAACUGUUUAUUGAUCCAUUGGCCCCAGCUGGAAGCUGCAAUAGUCUUCCCUGGAUGAGAUGCACAUGUUGAUUGCUUCAUUUUUCUUGGAGAAGAAUGGUUUCUUUUGUAUUAAUAAUUUGUCAGGUCAUCUGCUUUCAUCUUGCACUAGGCUUGCUGGAAUUGAUUUUAUUUUGUCCUAACAUAGCUUCUCUAUUUGGUGAUACAUUAGUAUUUGAGUGUUUGGAGAGCUGAUUAUCAACUGUUCCAGCUAAAUUUUUUAGUAACUUUUUUCUGUGAAGAAGUUGUUAAAAAAGCUCAGGAUUGACAUUUUUAUUCCACCAUAUCUUUCUGCUUAAUGAGUGGAGCUCAUCAGAGAGACCAAACUUUCAGGUGCUCUCAAAGGGAAUUCCACAAUCACAGAAUGGGUCAGGUUGGAGGGGAGCACAGUGGGUCAUCUGGUUCAACUUCCCUGCUCCAGCAGCAUCUUCCCAGAGCACAUGGCACAGAUUAAUUCCUGCAAAACAAGUCUGGAAUGGUAAAGUAUUGUGUAUGUAAAAAUGUAGCGAGGUGCAUGUCAUAGCAUUGAUCCAGAGUAGUUUUUUUACUGACAAAAUAUAACUGUUUCAACUUCUAAACAACACCACUACCAUUUUUUCACGUGCAAGUUACAGAUUUGAACAAAAAUAUAAUUUGGUAAAUAUUUAGUUCUUAAGCUUUGGAGCAACUUGAAUGUGCUCCCCAAGUUUCGGGAGGUGUCUUCAUCCAACCCUCUAAAUUACAAAGCCACUUGGCUGCCUUGCCAGGCUCCUGAUCUGUGCUGUAGGUAAUUUUGUAGGAUAUUUUUUAUCCAUCCUGAAAACUGGCACAACUAAAUGCCCAAGAAGGCAAAAUCUGGAAACUUACAUUUAAUAACAUGAACGUCUAGUAAUCCUACUACUGAAAAUUGUUACAGGUGCUUUGAAAAGCUCCAAGACAAUUCUAACACCUUUUGCUGUUGCCAAGAAGGUAAAGACUUUGUUCUUAGGUCCAUGUUGAAACAAAACAAAUCACUGCUCUUCAGAACCCCGCUGACAUCAGUGAGACCCUUCCUUUAAGUGUUGCAGGAUCAGACAGUUAAUGGUUUAGAAGGAUGUUUUAUGCAGACUUGAGUCUUUGAUGUGUUGCUUUACAUUUAAUGCCACUGGCCUGCUCAAGAAAGAUUAUUUAUUUGCUUGGGAAAAGAGUAAGAGGAGAGGAGACAGUGCCUGCUUACUGAUUUGGAAGUCUAAUCCUUUAACCUGAUUGAGGGAGAGCUACAUUUGUGGUUAAAGCUUCAUUUAAUUAUCAAGAAGUAAUUCAGGGUGGAUAUCUUGGAUGGUUUAGAAGUUGGCCUCAGCAACACUUUUUUUGUUAUGCUGUUAAGCUUAAAUUAUUCCUCAAAAUUAGUGUUAAGUUCCAGUAUAAGGUAGUAUUAGUUGGAAAAGGAAGCUGUAGCAGUGAUGUUUGAAUGACUUGCUUGUGGAACAGUCUUUAGUGUGUAUUAAGGGUGUUGUAGUCUAUUUGUGGUGUGCUGUGUCAGCAAUCUGCAAAGACUGUCUUGGGAAUUGCUGCUGGACAGGACAGAAGCUGUCAGAACAGUGGAGCCUCACUGAGUGAACCUCCCUCACAGCAGCAAUAGCUACAGACAAGCAGGGAAAAAUCAUCUCAAACACGAGGAGAGCCUGCAUCAUUCACUGACUUCAAUUCUAUACUGCCUGUUCAGUUCCUAAAAAGGCUUCAUGUAUCUCUUGUGAACACUUUCAACCUCUAGAAAAAAAGAGGCUUUUCUGUCCAUGGACAAGAGAGCAGGACAAACUUUCUUAACUUUCCUGGCAGGAAGUGGUUUUACAGAGACCUGGGAUUGUUUAUACCCCACGAGUCAGUUACUUGAAGCAGGAGAAUUGUGUGCUUGGAAUUAAGCCUCUAAAAAAGUCUGCACAAAAUUCUCUGAAGAAAACUGUUAAUGUUUUAUGUUCAGAUCCCAUCC